AUGGCCGAGCUCACUCGAACCCUCCCAGCAUCCUGGUACUGCAAUGAGCCACUUUACAAGAUGGAACGGCGGGCGGUUUUUUUCAAGUCCUGGUACUUGUUGGGUCCGGUAACCAGAUUCCAGAAAGUCGGAGAGCAUAUCGACUAUGAGAUUGCUCAGCAACCCAUCUAUGCAAUUCGUACCUUUGGAGAGGGUUUGAACCCGGGCCCAGAGGAGCUGAAGGUUUUCAGCGCAAAGACUAAUCAAGAGCUACGCUGCCAUGUUACUCCAACUGGGUUGCUUUUCUCGACCAUUACAGAUGAUGCACCUAGCUUCCAUGAGUUCUUCCCAGAGCUCGAGGAGCUGCUGGGCAAGGUCGAUUUCACUAGACUGCCAUACCGCCGCAGCAUCCGCUAUGAAGGCCGCUUUAACUGGAAGACUAUGGUGGAUGGGUAUCAAGAGUGCUUACACUGCCAGUAUACCCAUCCCUCAUUUUCCAUUUACUAUCCACCCACUUUCUAUACCGUGCGAAAUAGACAUAACUUCUCGCAACAUAUAGCCGAUCCCAAGAAGCCUGACGAUGGCCUUUUUCUCUAUUUCUUCCCCAAUUGCACCCUCAACGUCUACGGCGGGGGCAUGUCUUCUUUCCGGGUUUGUCCCACAGCGGAUCCUCAUGUGACUCGCAUGGAAUUCGACUACUAUCACCUGGCUGAUGGCGAGAAAUUUGAAGAGUACUUCAAGUUUGUGCGCCAGGUAGCUAUGGAAGAUUACGAGUUAUGCGAGAAAGCCCAAGAUAAUUUGGCCAAAGGUGUCUAUCACGAAGGAAUACUGAAUCCUGAGAAGGAGAACGGAGUCUCUUACUAUCAACAGAGAGUUUUCCAAAUGGUCUGUGAGCAGCAUGCAUUCGACCGGGGAGUUCCAAGCAAGGAAGAAACAGAGCUGGAGGAACAAGUUACCCCUUCUUUAGUGCAGAUGCCAGCUUAG